UAUGGAAGAGCACUAUAUAAAAGCAAUUUGUUGUCGAAUGAAUGACCAGAGAGUGUCUGGGACUCGCACUCGGAGGGAAGGGGAGAGAGAGUCUGGUCGUCGCACCCUGAGUGAGGAGAGUCUGGGAUUAACACUGAGGGAGUGAGGAAAGAGAGAGCGACUGGGGCUCACACACUUGCAUGAAGGAGUGAAAACCUGCAGCGUGGAAUUGAAGAGAUCAGCUAACCACUUCAUGAGAGAUACCGAAAUGGUUUGAAAAUUUAGCAGCUGAGAUUGCCUUGAAAUAUAUGAAUUCUUCAAAGUUGUAAAGUGUUUGCUAUAAGUUUGGUUUGAACUCACUCUUGUAGCCUUAAACAUUCAGCUAUUUGAAACAAAGAUGGAAUCCAUUAUAAAGUCUGAGAAUGUAGUUACAUUAAGUGGCAAGAUGAUCUCUUUUGCCCUGGCCAAGGAGCGAGCCACAGGAGGAAAAUCCAACACAGUGCUCCACUUCAGGAGAAUGACAUUUGACUCACACAAUGGAAAAAUUGUUCAGACAUUUGCAGGACAAUCCAGUGCUAGAGGAAAAAGUUAUUUUUCAGAAAUUAUUGUUUGUUGCUGCACCACAGACUCGAGAACAGGGGAAACUGUACCUUGCAUUUUGCUCAAGAUGCAUAGGAAGGGCAGUGCUACCUUUGGAUAUGUUUUAUUGAUACUCCACAACUCAAAUGAACUUGAAUAUCACCUGGACUUUGAAUUGGAAAAUGAAUUGAAGGAGACUGUGAGAUUGUUACCUGGGCCCAGUGUUUUCUGGAGCUCUGAUGACUCGGUGUAUUAUGUAUCUUUUGAAACUGCUGCCAUCGUGACCAUCACGGUAUCAUUUACUUCAGUGAAAUGGAUUGGGGAAGUUGACAGUGACAUAAUUCUAUUGGGCUCAAGAAAAAUUAGCAGACCUAUUACAAUGGAAGAGAAGUAUUCUACAUCUGAUGAACUGGUUUGGGGCAGUGAAUUUGUUGGUUAUUCUUUAAAAAAGAAGGAAAGCCUGCGUGGUGAUCAAUUCAUUCCACAUGCUUACAGUAGCGUUGUUACAAAUAUGUUUCUUUGUUCCAUUGAAGAAAUAGACAAUCAGUGGAAGUCUACAGUGGUAGCAAGCACACGUAAAGGACAAUUGAUAUUGUUUGAAAAUGGAGUCCCCAAAGACGUAUGCCAGCUGCCAUUUGAAGAGGCCAAUGAAAUAAAGAUGGGUACAACUGGCGGAGAAAAUUGUCUGUUUCUUGUGUCUUCAAGGGCUGGAAGCAUUUGUGCUGUCUCCAAGGAAAGUUGGCAGGUUGUUGCUAGUUGGCAGGCUGCGUGGUCUGUGCAUUUGGAUGACUUCUUAGGCACAGGGUCAGACCAGAUUCUUUUGCUCUCCAUGACAUCAUCCAGUCCAGACGCCUGCCUAAAAGAUUUUAUCUUAACUGACCUUUGUGAAUUUAAUUACACAACUGACUCUGGGCACCCUGAGGAUAGACCGCAGAUAUUGAAUCAAGCAACACAUGAACAAUAUCACCACACAAUUCAGGCAUUGGAAGCAAGAUUACAGUCAGGCCUGGCCGCCCUCCAUGAACUGCAGGACCUGCUAGCAGAUAAAGAGAGAGUUUUACUUCAGUGUUCCAAAGCCUUGAUAAACCUCGUUGAAGGAAACCCGUGCAUCUUACCUGAGGCUGAGGAGGAAGGUUUGGUUUCUCUGUGGGAUGAGGAGGAAACUGAUCUACAGCCCCUAGAGGAAGAGACAAAUUCCACCACUCAGGUUUUAAACCAUCCAAUGCAGAGGGUCUGGCAGCGGGUAGUGGAUGACAGCUGGGUUGUGGGAGUGCAAUUAUCUGAAUCUGUUGGCGUAACUUUUGACUUUGUGAGCCUAUUUCUGGUGAUGGAUCAGGAUCUUUUAAAUACUCCUCCAGUGAUUGAGUCUCACAGUAACGUAUUGAAACUUAGCAAGUCUGUGGUACCAACCCAGUCACCAACCCAGUAUCCAGCAGAACCUCCAUUAAAGAAGCUGAAACUGGACUUGCAAGGCAUGAAGCAUGUGAACAGCAUCCAUAAAGAUCUUUGCCCUAGCAUUCAUAAAGAUCAUCUGCGGAUUGUUACUGCUGUCACAAAGCUCUCACCUUUGUUAAUGUACAAUAACGUGCAGUGCUCUGUAUUGCUAUAUGGAAUCAAAGGUCCCAGCCAGGAAACUGAAUUGACAAAAAGAGAAAUAAUAUUGCCAUGUGGAAGUGUUUCGUUGAACCUGGAGGGCAUUUGGAAUGAAAAAUACAUUGUACAAUUAUUACAGAAUCCUCAAGUACAUUCAGAUAAGGCAGAGGAAGAUUUUUUUACUAUCAUGACUACCUUCCAGAGGGCUUCUUUCAGCAUAUUCUCCCCUGAAUAUACCCUGGCUCAUGUGAAAGAGUGGCUCCUGGGACCAAUGCAGUGUGAGCCUUUGAAAAUAUAUCCAGAAUAUCUUCUAUGUCCUAGAUGGGGAGCAUUAUAUGUCUUAUUCCUUAACUGGAAUUUACAAAAUCAAUUCAAGGGGACUUUAACAGUGCUUUACAGAAAUCAAACCCAUUUGCUGAGGUGCCUUCACAGUCUCAUCAGAGUCCUUCCACAGGCUUGCACAAUAGUGCAUAUGAGUCUGGGGUGUGAAGACCAAAUGACAGAUGCCUUGGGAGUUGCUCUUGAGAAAGAAGCACACGUAAUGCAAAACAUUAUCACUUCUGCUAUCUCUGAAGCUGAAAACGAGUUUACAAUGAGAGCUAAAACAAAGAAAAAGCUCUCCAACCCCAGAUUGGACAGUGAAGAGAAGUUACAACUGUACAGAGAAAAGUUUCAAAUGGAACAAGAGCAAAGCUUUCUGGGGAUGAAUCUGACAAUCAACAAUGGUCUCUACAGAAAGAUUACACAGAAACUGAUUGAUAUGCAACAGGACACUGAUAACUCUGCAUGGAGACUCAGUGUAUUCCAUAGGGCAUUUGCUAAGACAUUGGUAAAUUUGUAAGAUUUCAUGUUGUCAUCUCACUGAUAAUGUGUGCAAUCUUGUAUAAAAGUAAAUGUGUUUAUAACUUGCUGACAUGGGCAAAUUUUGCCUUUAUAGCCUUUUUGCCAUUCCUAUUUCCUUCCUUCAUUUGUUUUAGUUGUCUUAAAACUGUUUGUAUAGGUGCAUGCAACACUUAAUGACAGAGUUUAGUGUAAUCCUCUAAAGUCAAUCAACAUUUACCAGCAAAGUACUCUGAUGCACUAGGAUUGAGUUUACAAACAUACUUACGAUUCAGGCAAGAGUAGGUCAUGGGUUGCAAGUCAUGAUUGAGGCCAGCGGUUUGCUGUUGCACAUUUUGUGAUAAGGAAAAGACAUGAAAAGUGAUAAAAGGCCAAAUAUAAAGCACUGCAUUUAUUUUGGUCUUUGGUUUGAGAUUUUAAAAUCCAGGAAUUUUUUUUUGAAUUUCAAAAUCAUUAAGUGGCAAAUAAGAAGUUGUAAUAAAUGCACCAAAUCAGGUUUGUGAUUGCAUACUGCCAUUUUGACCCCACUAUCAAAGUUUCAUCGGUUAAUGACUUGAGAUUUAUUUUCUACCUGUUGUCAGCUGACUAAAUGUGGAGUUAAAAUUCUUCUACUCUGACACAAACAUUUGCAUCACUUGCAUCCUCAGAACAAUCCCUGCUGCACCACUGUGUUAUUUCACAUACCCUUCAUCCUGUGAGUCCACUGAGUAAUGUUUAAGUCCAAAUUAAUAGCAACUUUGCACUGUUAGUCCACUGUGGACUGGGUUGUGAUCACCCACUUCACUUUAUACAUAAUCCUUACAGCCAUCAGACAGAGAUGUCUAUCUAAUUGGUCUAGGCUGGGUCCAAUCCCAGUUCUCAGAAGUGAAAGACUAUUGAUUUAAUUCACCACCCACUUCCCCAACAUCUUUUGUACAAACGUAACACUAGAUAUGCAAUACAAACAAAACGCGUGCUAGUAAAGUGAUAGAUUAUGGAAAAUACAACAUCAAUGCAUAAAUGCAUUUAAUGGUUUAUAUCCUAUAAAGCACACGUUCCUUGUCUGUCCCUUUCCGUGGAAGA